ACAACAAAAUGGGAACGGCGCCAACACUGGCUGCGAGGGUUUGAGAGGAGGAGUGAGAGGAGGAGAAAGAAAGGAGACAUUGCCGGCCGUCGGUCGAUUUCUCGGUGGAAGAGCGUCACGAAUCAUUGCUGCCCAUCUCAGGCGUCCAUGCAAUCAGAGAAGAAUAUGCAAAAAUGCGGCAAACCUCCUGAGAAGGGGCCCCAGGGAUCCGGCGACCUCGAUCCCGAGCCCCUUGAAGAAUUCGAUAAUUCUCAUGAAACCAACUCAAGUAGUCAUAUGGAAGAUGUCAGUCCUUCGUGUUUAGUCCCUAGAGAAACAGAAGCUGAUGCUACACCAAAAGCCAAUAGUGUAAAGAGUCAUGGCAGCCUUGAUGCUGUUAGAUCUUCAGCUGAGGUGCUAGUUGCAACUGUGGCUCAUUCUAUGAGGUGUUUGGAUUCUGAAUUAACAACUUCAGGUCGAGAAGGGAGUACGACCUCUGAUCUUGAUAAUGAUGGCAUUGUAGCUGAGAAGAAUAAACCUGCUCAUCUUAGCAAUGCAAAAGUGCAUGUUGAAAUGCGAUCCCAUGAAGUAUGUAGGGAUGAUGAAUCUAUAGAUGGAAAAAAGCAUCUCUGUGAGCAAAGAGACAUGCAGUCUACUGGGGAUCAGAAACUGAAUUCAUUUAGCUUGGAUGAUACACACCAAACGCCUCAGACUUGGUCUCUGUGUGCAGAAGGAAAUAACAAAAAGCGACAGGCAAUAGCAUGUGCAUUUUUUGCAAAGGGUUGGUGCAUAAAGGGGAACUCAUGUACAUUCUUGCAUCAAAAUGGAAGCACUGGUGGUGAUGCAGGGAAAGACACUGGAAAAAUAAACAUGCUGUCGAAUAGUCAAAUGGAAGGGUCUUUCCAAUGUGCUGAUACUGUAACAAGUUCAGGACCUUCAGGUCUCCUGCAGGAGCAUGUUUCCCUUGUUCAUGAUGGCAAAAGUGGAAAAGAUGAUAAGUUAGAUGACCCUAUGUUUUUCAUCCAUCAGGAAAAUUUAGGGUUCAGAUCAGAAAUGGAGUAUCAACAUGUCAAAUCAGUCAUAAAUGAAUUUCAACAAUCACCUUUUGAGAGGGAUGAUUCGAGGGAAGGAUUGAUGCCCCAUCCUGUCCUGAGUGCGCCAGUCCAUCCAUUGUUCACUAAUGAAGGCCUAAAGGUGUAUAGUAGUCCCUUUGAGGAGCUUCCAGCUCAUAGAACUUUGAAUUUUCAGCAUCAACAGUUCAACAGUAUACAGUCAGGUUCUGAGGAUUUGCACUUUAGAAAUUUAGUGAGAGGUGCUAGAGGUGUCCAAGAAACUGCUGGGAGGUGUUUCAUAGGCAGUGAAGUAACUGGAAGACCAUCUCCCUUUGAUCUUCCUACUUUGACCUCAAAAAAUGAGUCUUUGUUAUCUAAUGCUCCUAACUAUAGGUUUGUAUCAAAUGGUUUGUUGAAAUAUGGUAUUCAUGGCAAUGCAAGUAGCCCCUCUGUCUAUGAUAGAAAUGGAAGGCAAUCUGUCAGUCCAAAUCAGAGUUCAUGUUUGACUAUAUUUGAUAAUAUUUCGAAGUUAGAUGAGUGCAGUAGCUAUAUGGCUAACACAUCUUCUGUUAUGCCAGCUUUAGCCUAUGCACUUGAUAGAGAUAGGUCAUCAUAUUACGGAGGGAUUUCUCCUAUGAGUAAGUUAGAAUGUCAGUACAAACUUUCACGUGAUGAUAUUGAAUACUCCCUUUCAAGUUCUGGUUCUCGUCCAAGAAAUUCUCCAUCGUAUUACACAAGUUCUGAGAAUGGAAAGUUGAUGCAUAUUGAUGCAAGCAAUCCAUCAGCUUCCGGCGGGUAUACGACUAGCUCUUAUUCAUAUUCCUGGGAGCCAUCUGUGCCUUUUCGAUCAUCUUUCCUUCAUGCAUCAGCAAGGUUGUUGUCUGAAAGCCCGUGUGAUUCUAUUCAUGAUAGCAUUGAGCCUUCUAGUAAAGGAGCUAAUGGGACCUCACAGGCUUCUGAUUUUGUUAACGGCAACAAUUUUGGCAAUACACUCCCAGAGCCUUCAAGUAGUAGUAAUAUCAUCACUGGGUUUGAUGACAAGAGCUUUCAGAAAGAGACGUCCUUUCAUGAUGCUAAAGUAGGAAAGGGGGCUUAUCUACCUAGAGGUGAGCAGAAAUUUCUUAUGCCAAUUAAGAAAAUAUCUGGUAAUGGCAAUUCUGCUGAUUUACCAACUGCUAGUAACACAGAAUCACAUGAUGAUGUGGCACAUCUAGCGGGUGAUGAAAAGGAUAUAAAGGAGACAAAGGCAAUGAAGUGCUUCCGAGCUGUCCUUAUCGACUUUGUGAAAGAGCUGGUGAGACCAUCAUGGCAACAUGGUAAUUUGAGUAAAGAUGCCCACAAGCUAGUAGUUAAAAAGUCCGUUGGCAAAGUGCUCAGUUCAAUGCAUUCCCAUCAGAUGCCAAGCAAUUCUGAAGCAAUUGAGCAAUUUCUGUCUCUUUCUCGUCCAAAAAUUUCAAAGCUGGUGCAGGGUUAUGUUGCAAAGUAUGCCAAAGCCCGAGAAGCUACCAAGUGAAGGUUUUAAGUGAUUUUUCUUCAUAUAAUUCGAUCCAGUUCAGACAUGGGCUAUAUGAUUUCCUGAUAAGUGGAGGCAUACUGGCAAACACCAACAUAAUUCGGAUGUGUUCUGGUUCUAUUUCUCCAAAAUCCGUGCUACUCAUUGUCUCUUGAUUUCUUGGAAACUCUGAAAGGCAUUAAAAUUUAAUGCCAACUCAGGACGAACAAAUUUGAUCUAAUUGAAGCAGAGAACUGGAAUCUCCAUUUCUAUUUCAGUAUUUUGCAACCUAAUGAUGUUGAGUUUUGAGUGGCUUGCAGCAAAUGCAACCAGAAGCCGGUCUCCUCCCAGCUUUGGAGGUUGACCAAGCUGCAUGAACUUUUCGUGGCAGGCUUUUCAUGACACAAAUAUUCAUUUUUUAGAGGUUGUAUUAUGAGAUAGAAACAGCAUAAGACGGUUGAGCAACAUGAAUUCCUGCUUCAUCACUAGGAUUGCCUGCAUGCAUCUAAAGCAGCAUUGUGGUUGAGGUGCAAGGAUGAAACUUUAAAAGUCAGAUGUGCUUCUGUAGUCUUUAUGCAGUCGAGACAUGGAAUGCAAGCGGCAUACCGUGAGCUUAUGGCAGAGAACAAGCUGUAGCGAUCAGCAAAUUGAAGCAAUAGCGACAGCCCACAGUAGUGGUAGAGGAUUUGGACUCGCAGCAUGAUUCAAAUGGCCAUAAAAAAGUGCAAUUCUUCUGAAGUGCUGCACGAAGAACAUGGCGACCAUCUUAAUUUGAAGGUGGCAUGAUCAGCACCGAAACUGUCUCACUGGAACGGUCCUACGGCAGAAACAUCUGAUCCAGAAUGGCUGGGGACAAGAAGCGAAAGGAUUCGUCUCCGAUCAGUUCUCUUGGUUGAGGGUUGGCAGGAACAACGCUGAAGCAACCAAGUCGAACAGGGUUGGAGGCGGCCACUGCUUAAGCUUACAAGCGACUCACGUGAUUGUCGUUCCAUGACAUAGUGGGCGUCCUCCGUCUGUGUCUGACUCUCUCUCUCUCUCUCUCUCAUGUGGCGGUGGGCUUCUCUAUUUUCUCUUCUACCGUAUUCUGAUCCGAAAUCCUGGUUUCAGUCUUUUGUUAAAAUUGAUUUGGGUCGGCUGUAUCUCGUUGGAGUCCAUGAAACGCCGAUGUAUUAUAUGCAUUGUCUCAGGCACGAUCAUUUAAUUUUUUUGACUAUUUAAUAUAUGUUUUUCUGCAAGUAAUUGUGUUGUAUUCUUGUUCGAUUUGUUGAACCUCACAAGCCUUUCUGUAUGUUUUAUUUUCUCUGUGUUCGACAAAUAUUCAAAUGUUUGGUGAAGUUUUUCUUGUUUA